UACAUGCUGCUGAGAGGCAGCAACACACGAGAAAGAUACUGCCGUGUGAGAGUACCUGAGGGGCUCCUGAAAGACCUACUGCCAGGACCAGUGACCCUGGUGAUGGAACGCUCGGAGGAGCUCAACAAGGACCUAAACCCUUUUACGCCUCUUGUAGGCAUUCGGAUUCCUGAUCAUGCCUUUAUGCAAGACUUGGCUCAGAUGUUUGAGGGUCCGCUUGCUCUCACUAGCGCCAACCUCAGCUCCCAGGCCAGUUCUCUGAAUGUCGAGGAGUUCCGGGAUCUCUGGCCUCAGUUGUCCUUGGUCAUUGAUGGGGGACAAAUUGGGGGUGGCCAGAGCCCCGAGUGUCGCCUCGGCUCAACUGUGGUUGAUUUGUCUGUGCCCGGAAAGUUUGGCAUCAUUCGUCCAGGCUGUGCCCUGGAAAGUACUACAGCCAUCCUCCAACAGAAGUAUGGCCUACUUCCCUCACAUGCGUCCUACCUGUGAAACUCUGGGAAGCAGGAAGGCCCAAGGCCUGGUGCUGGAUACUAUGUGUCUGUCCACUGAUGACUGGCAAGGCCUCAUUUGCAGAGGCCACUGGAGCUAGGGCACUAGCCUGACUGUUAAGGCAAUGUGUCUUUCUGAGCACUGUAGACCAAGCCCUGGGAGCUGCUGGUUUACAGCUCGGGACAGGAUGU